AUGACAACCCAUCUUCUCAUUUCCCUCUGGGCCUCUUCUUUGACUCAAGUGCAAAAAACCUGCAUAAUGUCCUCCAAAUCCAACGUUUUUAUGACUGGUGUCACCGGCUAUGUCGGAGGCAGCGUUCUCAGCCGUUUGCUUCAGCAUCCCGAUGGACCAUCCUUCAGCAUUACUGUCCUAGUCCGCUCAGAAGAAAAGGCCAAUAAGCUCAAAGACUUCGGUGUGAACCCUGUCGUGGGCUCUAUCAAGGACGUGGCGCUCUUAGAGGAAUUGUCGUCCAAGGCUGACAUCCUCAUCUCACUUGCUGACUCCGACGAUCUUGCUAUGGGCCAGGCAAUGCUCAGGGGCCUCAAGAGGCGCUAUGAAACAAAUGGUUCUGUCCCUAUCCUCAUCCAGACAUCUGGCACAGGCGUUCUUGCGGAUGGUUCAGCGGGCGACUACUCUGGCGAUGUCAUUUACAACGACGACGAUCCCGACCAGAUUGAAACCCUUGCGAAUACCCAGCAGCACAGGUACCUUGAUCUCGCCCUGGUACAAGGCGAUAAAGAAGGUUAUGUCAGGGUGUAUCUAAUUCUUCCCUCGAACAUCUACGGGCUUGCCACUGGCAAACUAGUCGACGCGGGGAUCCAAAACCCACGUUCGAUCCAGAUUCCCUCUAUCAUAAACGCUUCUCUGAGUCGAGGCAGAGGCGGUAUGGUGGGGGCUGGGAAGAACAUCUGGAAUGACGUUCACAUUGACGAUGUCGCAGACCUUUACGUCGUUCUUUACGACUCUAUCAAAUCAAAUCCCAAGGCCACUGGUCACGGCCGCGAAGGCUUCUAUAUUGCUGAAAACGGAGAGCACACUCUAUACCAAAUAGGAAAGGCUAUCGCAGAAGACCUGGUCGCCCGUGGUAAAGCCACCAAUCCCGAGCCUUCGACCUUCACAGACGAAGAAAUCAAUCUCUACUUUGGGGGAUCCACUUUCUGGGGUACAAAUUCUCGCGGCAGAUCCAACAGGUCCAGGUCGAUUGGGUGGAAACCCCGCUACACUACCCAGGAUAUGCUCGCUGGAAUUAAGCCAGAGAUCGACGCUCUUAUUUCAGUAGGCGGAAAGUUUUCAUUCAACGCUCCAGCGCCAGUUGCAUCUGGGUGA